AUGUCUCGCUUGAUACUCAGAAAGAGUGGACGCCUUCCCUCACCUCUCCAUGCUUGGGGCCAUCCACCAAUACCCCAGCUUUCAGCGGUUCGCUGGACUUCCUCUAUCAUGUCACGCCCGUACAAAUUUCACAUUGGCGCCAGUUGGGCCGGAAAGCCAGAAGAAGAUCCCCAAGCAGCGCGUUUGCAAGCUCCAUUCCCUGCUUCGAGUGUGAUAGGCAAGUGGAGAAAUGAGAUGCUUGCUCGUCCAAAGGGUGUAGUCAGCAAAGACGCGGGGGAAGAUUUUUUCUAUAUCACAAAUAUGCGCAAUAACUCGGGCGUUUCUUUCGGAGUGGCAGAUGGUGUUGGAGGAUGGGUUGAUUCUGGGAUCGAUCCAUCUCUCUUUUCACAGUCGCUCAUGUAUCACGCCGCUCGUUACUCACAAACAGCAUGGGCGGGUGAACCCGAAAUUGAUCCCACUCAAGAAUACGAGGAACGCGAGCAGGUGGAAGGAUGGGAGAUGACCCCGUACGAAUGUCUUCAACUUGCUUAUCAUGGAGUUAUGAGGGAGCGUUUUGUACAGGCUGGAUCGAGUACAGCGUGUUUGAUACAUCUCAAUGCUUCGUCCGGUAUACUGCGUUCAGCGAACAUAGGCGAUAGUGGAUAUUCUAUCAUUCGCUCUUCAUCAAUGAGCUAUAAGGAGCCUGUUCAAACCCACUUCUUCAAUUGCCCAAAGCAGCUGACUAAACUUCCCGGAAAUCCGAGACGCUUUUCUCGAACAUCUGUAGAUUCACCGAAGGAGGCCGCAAUACAUGAGACGAAGCUUAGAGAUGGGGAUAUCGUUAUUGCCUACACCGAUGGUCUCACCGACAAUGUCUUUCCUACUGAAAUUAUCGCAAUUUGCUCGCUUGUUGCUCGCUCGGGGGGUUCAGAGGACGAACAAGUCCAGACUAUGGCAGACCGUAUCGUCGAAUACGCACGACUAUCUAUGGCAGACAGGAAGAAAGUUAGCCCAUUUGAACGUGAAGCAGCUCGGGAAGGGAUGUUCUACCGCGGUGGGAAAGUCGACGAUGUCACCGUGGUUCUUGCUUUAGUCCGCGAGACUAUAUAA